AUGGCCUCGAAACCUGUCAUCCUCCUGAUUCCCGGAUCUUUCACCAUUUCAGCCAUGUAUUUCCCUCUUCAGGACAUCCUGGUCGAAAGGGGGUACGAAGUGUACGUGAACAACCUACCGUCGGCGAGUCGGAAUGGUCCAGAAGCUCCGGCAAGUUUGAGUGACGAUGCAAAAUUUUUCAGCAACAUCAUCGGAAUGAUCGCGGACCAGGGAAAGGAUAUUGUUGUCCUUGGUCAUUCAUACGGUGGCCUAGUUGCCUCUGAAUCUGCCAAAGGCCAUAACAAGGCGGAGCGGUGCGUCAGAGGUCUGAAUGGCGGUAUCAUCAGGAUAAUCUUCCUAGCUGCCAUUGUCCUGCAAGAAGGACAAUCAUUACUAGGCCAUCAAGGGCAACUUCCGCCAUCGAUCAUAAAGACAGAUGAGUACGGAUUCAUGAGACUUGUCGAUCCCGCCUUGUCCGGCUCCCGCAUGUAUGAUGUUUGGCCAGAAGAACGCGCGAUUGCCUGGGCAAGAGCUGCGCCAAAGCAAUCCGCUCUCAGCUUUGCUAGUCCGGUUACUUAUACGGCUUUCAAGGAUAUACCUUCUUCAUACAUCUUUUGCGAGAAAGACCAGAUUGUGCCUCCAGCUUGGCAAGAACAAUACAUCGAAAACAUUGAGAUUGUGGCUGGCAGGGCGGUGGAUCUACAUAAGCUGGACUCGAAUCAUGUGCCGAACCUGACUUCGACUGAGACUCUAGCGGAGCUCCUUCUGAAGAUAGUCGCAGCUUCAUAG